UUCAUCUUUGAAGUUACAUAAAAAUAUGAAUCUGGCAAUAUUAUAGAAAACAUGUGUUUGGUUUCAUUGCUUUGCCACUGUAAUAAGAUAAGCGAAAAUUUGUGCUGUUUUCAAUAUUAAUUUUCAUCAAGUGGAAAUUGAAAAAAAUGUACGUUCCUCCUUUAUCACCGGCCAGUGGUACCGGUCGCUUUUGGAGAACAUCCGCUAAAAUCAUUAGAUGCGUACGUUAUGGUUGUACAAAUCGGCCCUUUUAUCAUAUAGUGGUAAUGGAGAGGCGCAAAAAUCAACAUCAACCAGUUAUAGAGCAGGUAGGAACCUUUGAUCCUAUGCCUAAUAUUUACAACGAGCGCCUGGUUUCCUUCAAUUUUGAACGUAUCCGUUAUUGGUUGGGUAAAGGAGCUCAUCUAUCUACGCCGGCAGCGGAAUUAUUGGGUAUAGCUGGAUUUCUGCCCAUACAUCCGCGCACAUAUAUGACGGCAUGGCGUAACCGACAACGCGCCGUCGAAAACAAAGUUUUGGAGACGGAAGCCGCAACUAGUUAAGGUUUUGUUUAUUUUUUUUCACUUGUGGAGGAGAAAAAUAUGGAAAAAUGCAGUAAUAAAUGAUACGCUUAGAUUAUCAACGUAAGGUA